AGGAUCAAUACAUCGAAAUAAUAAAGAUUAUGAUAAUGCUUUGAAGGAUUUAGAUGGUUCAUUAAUGAAUGAUCCUAAGAACAUUUUUGCAUUAUGUGAACGUGGUGCUGUCUAUAGAGAUAAAGGGAAUUUUAAAGAUGCAUGGAAUGAUAUCGAAAAUGCUCUGAAAUUGUCAGAGGAUAAUGAUGAAGAUUUAGA